CAGCUAGCCGGUGUCAGCUAACGGAGCUAGCAGGAGGGAGAGAUAAGUUUAUCUACAGCGUAACCAGCUCCUGUUUACGAACCGCACUCUCAAGUGCACUACACCACCAGAGACCCUUAAAAUGGAUCUCGAAGAUGACACCACCAUCUUUAAAACCUUGAAGUCUCUCAAUACCUUCAUCAGUCGCCCUGAACAUCCUCAGCGUCCAUCCGAACAGCUGGGAAUCGGGAACCUGCAGUCUCACUACAAACGCAGCUUUGAGAUUUUGGAAGCGACAGAGAGGGUUCACUCUCAGCAUCGCUACCUGCAGCUGGACCAGGAGAAGCAACAGAUGGAGCUGAGUCACAAACGAGCUCGUUUUGAACUCGAGAAGGCAGCUUCUGACAGUGCGCGAGAUUUGGAGCAUGAAGUGGACCGCAACCAGGACCUGUUGGAGCGAAUGAAGAAGUUGGAGGAGAGAGAGAAAGAAGCAACAAAUAACUUGUCUGAGCAGCUUGAGGCAAACCGUGCUCUCCAGAGGAACCUUGAGGGCCUGAACAAGAAGCUGAAUGAGCGAGAUGCUAAACUGUCAACAGCCAGCCAGGCCAUCAGUUCUUUGAAAGAUGAAAUUAGAGACUUGAGGCAGAAGAUUCAGAACCAAGACGCAGCAAUUUCUGUCCAAACUCUGGAAAAUCAGGAGCUACAAGAACAGCUGGAUUUACAGCGCAGAAAGUACCAAGAAGCUACUCAACUUUGCCAAAGUCUCCAAGCGGCCAAAGCUGCUUGUUCAGAGCACGUAAUCAAGAUUAAGGAGCUGGAGAGACGUCUCGCCCUCCAGGAACAAGAUAUCGCUAUUGUGAAGAGUGUUAAGUCCGAGGUGGCAAGACUUCCAGAUUUGGAAAAGGAGCUUAAGCGUCUCAGGGAAGACAAUGCUUUUCUCAGGGAAAGUAGAGAGAAUUGCAGCCUGUUGAAAGAAGAAGCGGAAGGACUGAGGAAGAAGCUCGAGAGAAUGGAGAAAAACAAAGAAGAGCUGAUCAAUAUAGAACUGGAGAAAGAGAGGGUGGCUGAGAAGCUCCAGGCCUGGGAAAACAUUGGCCAGUCUACAGGACUCAACAUAAGGAAACCAGAGGAUCUGUCCAGGGAGGUGAUUCAGAUCCAACAGAAAGAAAUUGCUCUAAAAGAGCAGAACUACACACUCAGCAGCCGUGUGAGGAGCUUCGAGCGUUCCCUCUCCGAUCUUCGGGCAGAGCUGACCCAGCAGUGCAGCAAGACUCUGGAGGAGCAGAGAAAGAGAGAGACUCAUGAUGCGCUCGUCCGACGACUACAGAAACGAGUACUUCUGUUAACCAAGGAGCGUGAUGGCAUGCGUGCUAUACUGGAGUCGUAUGACAGCGAGCUGGCAUCAAACGAGUACUCUCCUCAACUCAGCAAGCGAGUCAAAGAGGCAGAAGAAGUUCUGCAGAGGACACAGAAUCACAAUACAGAGAUGGAGGCCCAGCUUACCAAGGCACAAGAGGAGACAGGGGUACUCAAACUACAGCUGCAGAAGGUGGAGCUUGAGUUGGAGACUGCAAAAAAGCAGCUGGCUUCUGAAGGUGGCAGCGGCUCUUUAGCGAACAAAGAAGAGAUCAAUAUACUAAGGCAAAAAAUUGAAGAUUUAGAGAAGGAGCGACAGCGUUUGGAGGAGCAGAAUAACAUUCUUGAGAUGAGACUGGAGAGACACAACCUGCAGGGAGACUAUGAUCCUGUCAAGACUCAGGUCGUCCAUCUAAAGUUGAACCCAACCACUGAGGCCAAGCAGCAGCGUCAGCAGGAGGUGGAGGAUGUUCGAGAGGAAUUGAACCGCCUUCGGGAACUUGUACGUUCCUUCCAGGAAGGAGGAAUGGUCGCACAAGACGACUCCAGGAUCCAUACUUCUGGCCUCAGCCUCAAUUUACCACCAUCCAAGGAAGUGCUGGGCUUUGUUAGUCAGUUCAUGAGGGAGUGA